AUGUAAUUGCCCACCCGUAUCAUUGAUGGUCUUUACCUUGGCGAUUAGGGUGCAGCCCAUGAUCUAGAGUUCUUGGUGACUAACAAGAUAACCAAGAUAAUUAAUUGUGCUGCCAAACACAUUCCUAAUCAUUGGGAAUCCAUCGGCAUUGAAUAUAUGUCUUAUUAGUGGUUGGAAAGUGAAACCCAAUUCGCAUUCGAUCAUCUCCGCUGCUACGCCUUUAUAAACGAUACCCUCGAAGCAGGAGAAGCUGUUUUAGUCCAUUCUAUUAGAGCAUUAAAUCGCUCAGUCUUUGUUGUUGUCGUAUUUUUAAUGCGCAAAUUCAAAUGGACCUUACAAAAGACUUUGCAAUACAUCCACAAUCUCAAAAACGAUUUCGAAAUUAGAUCCAAUGUUUUUCAAUAGCUACUCAAUUAUGAAAAAUGGCUUCAAAUCUCCAAACUCAGUAAUAAUUGGGACGUUGCACAUAAUGAUGAUGAAACAUUAGCAAGAAAUACGUAUCUUAAUAGUUAACGCAAUUAUUCUAAUGAGCCUAAAAGAAAAAAAGAAAUUUGUCUCAAAAAAGUUUAAUGGAAAAAAAACUUGGUGUCUUAAUUCAUCCCUCCUUACUAAUUGAUUGAAUUCAAGAAGUUCAGCACACCGCAGCCUAAAAUGUAUUACUCAUAAAUGCCUAUCAAACUCAUGGUUCAGCCCUCUGAUAAUAAUUGGAUCAAUAAGAAAUUCACUCUAAACUAAAUUGUUGAUGAAUAAUUAUAAAGAAAAUUUAAUCUAUUUAGUAUCAAAUCAGAUCGCCAAGCAAUUAAACCACUUUCAAGACCAAGCACUGCACCUUCAAAGAGAUUACUUAAAGGCAAAGUCAUUUCAUCAUCUCAUAGACUAUUAGUUAAAUAAUCAUGA